GUUUAUAGGAUUUACAUGCCCUAGACUGGGAUGAUAAAGAGUUGAUUGCAUCUUAUAAUAGAAGCAUGAAAGAUAAAGCUAAAGCAGAUGCACGUAAAAAAGCAGGAGGCGAUAACUCGUCUGUGGAUGGCAGUUAUUCAAAGGCUAAAGGUAGAAAACAGGAGAGAGAAAGAGAAACGAAAAAGUGGAGAAUUGGUGAUUAUUGCCGAGCCAUAUAUCCUGAGGAUAAUUUGAGAUAUGAAGCUGAGAUUGUUCAUAUAUCAGGUGAAAAGUGUAUUGUUUGCUUUCUGGGAUAUGAAGAUGAACUGGAAGUGAACAUGAAUAAUUUGGUGCCUAGUCGCGGAAAGCGUUCUCAAAAUAAGCAGAUUAAAAAAGCCAAAAAGUACUUUUCCGGUGUUGUUUCAUCUGUUGAUGAAACUGAAAGUGAAGUAGUCACUGUAAAUGACAGUGAGAGUGCAACAUCUCAAGUCCCACGAUUUUCUAGAAGAAGGCAUGAUGCAGAAACAGUCACUGUUGAUGACAGUGAAACUGAAACUCCUCGAGCCCCACGAUCUUGUAGAAAAAGGCAUGAUGCAGAAAUCUCUUGUGAGCAUUCUCCGUGUGCUCAUGUUGAAUAUCGACAAGCAUCCACUUUCCCUGCUACUCCUGCUGUGCCACCGAUUCCACCGAUGCCAAUGGCUGUCUCAUCUGUGCCACAAAUUCCGCCAAUGCCCGUAGGUUCAGAUCUAUCUGGAAAUUCUGCUUUGUCUGCUGCAAUGACAGCUUGGUAUAUGGCUGGUUAUUACACUGGUUUCUUUGAGGGCCAAAAGCAGUCUCAGUGUGUGCAACGAUGUGGACAUAAUACUGUUUUAAAUCAGCCUCCAACUCCACCCAUGCCGACCAAUCCAGAUGCAGCUACAGCACCUGUUUUAAUAGCAUGGUACAUGGCUGGUUAUUAUACGGGUUUCUACGAGACCCAGAAUAAAUCAUGUGGACACCAUUGUGGGCAUAAGCAUACGUGCUCUGAAUCUAAUGUAGCAGAAAAUCCUUCUCUGUCCUCUGCAGUGACAGGAUGGUAUAUGGCUGGCUAUUAUACAGGUUUACAGAAGACCCAGAAGUCAUCACAUGAUACACAUCAUGCUGGACAUGCAGCUAGAGGUUAUUGCCAUCACUGAAAAAUAUUGUCAAGCUAUUUUAAGUUGUCUAUUGAAUCUUUUCAUAUUGAAUUGUGUUCUUCUUAUUUCCUGAAUAAAGAGUUUCAUACCCAUAAAA